AUGUCCUCACCACCUUGGGACUACAUCGCCAAGCUCGUCUGCAUAGGCGACUCGGGGUGUGGCAAGUCCAGUCUCACAAUCCGCCUCUGUGAGGGCCGCUUCUCCCCGCAUCACGACGUGACCAUCGGCGUCGAGUUUGGCUCCCGUAUCGUCCCCGUUGGGCCCCCUCACUCCCUGCCGCCGCCGCCACCAGCCGCCAUCCCAACGACCGACGACGACGCCGCGGAUUCCGCCUCCUCAACACCCCCAGCCAACGCACCGGCAAAACCAGAAGGCUUGCCCGAACCCCGCCGGGCGCCCCCGCCCCCCUCGGCCGCCGACGCCCCGCCCCCGCAGAAACACAUGAAGCUGUCCCUCUGGGACACGGCCGGCCAGGAGACGUACAAGUCGGUGACGCGGUCCUACUUCCGCGGCGCCUCGGGCGCCCUCCUCGUCUUCGAUCUCUCGCGCCGCCAGACGUUCGAGCACGUCACCGACUGGCUCAACGACCUGCGUCAGAUUGCCGAGCCCGACAUUGUCGUUAUCCUCGUCGGCACAAGGCCGACCUUGCGGCGACGGCGAUGCAGCAGCGCACCGACAAGCGCGAAGUGUCGCGGGUCGAAGCCGAGGCGUGGGCGCGCAGACGGCGUGCUCGAAUACGUCGAGACGAGCGCCAGAGCGGCGAGGGCGUUGAGAAGGCCUUCAUGCGGGUCGCCGAGCGCAUUUUCUUGA